AUACGGGUCAGUGUAAGACGCAAAUUUAAUUAUACUUUAGGUUUCCACUGGAUUUCGUGUGAAGGACGGCUUGAAGCAGAGCCCGCCCUCCCCAUGGUUUUUGCUUGCCCUGUCGUGAGAGAGGCUUUACACGUAGUAAAUGAAACACGGAAUAGCUCAUUUUAGUGCCCUGCAAGCGCGGCGAAGGGCAAAUCGCGAACAUGAUUUAACUGAGCGAAUCCAGCAGUUUAUCGAUUACUUACCGAUGGUUUCUAGAAUAAAUCGGCGCUAAGUCUUCACUGGCGCUUACCUGUCGGUCGCAGAAGCAGAGAAGCUGGAAGCUUGAUCGAAUCAGUGAAGUCAAACGGAUCCUGCUAUGCCAACCGCAAACUCAGAGCCGGGCAUGAGCGCAGGCACAGUGGAUGCAGACCCGGCCCCGGCCUCAUCGAGCCAGACCCCCGGUGAACGCGCAGUGAGUGUGCUGUGGUCAUUUGGAAAAUACCUGGGUGCGCUUCUACCGGUGUAUCUGGCCGGGUACUAUGGCUUCAGCAUCGCCGUUGUCCUGCUUGGUCUGAUGAUCUACACUGGAUGGAAACACAGUCGACUGGAGAAAGCGAUGAGGCUCGAGUCUGCCAUGUACCUUCUGGACAACGAGAAGGAAUUCACCACUGAAAAGGCUUUCAGAUCCAAAACGGAUUUGCCUCCCUGGGUCAACUUUCCAGAUGUGGAAAAGGUGGAGUGGCUGAAUAAGACCAUACAGCAGGCUUGGCCUUUUAUAGGCCAGUAUCUGGAGAAAUUGCUGGUGGAAACCGUGGCUCCUGCCAUCCGUGCUUCUAGCAUUCAUCUGCAGACUCUCAGCUUCACCAAGGUCAACAUAGGAGACAAGGCUUUGAAGGUGAAUGGUGUUAAGGCUCACACAGAACAUGAUAAGCGACAAGUUAUGUUGGAUUUGUACCUGAGUUAUGCUGGUGAUGUCGAGAUCAAUGUUGAAAUCAAAAAAUACUUCUGCAAAGCCGGAGUGAAAGGAAUCCAGCUCCACGGGAAGCUGCGUGUGAUCCUCGAGCCUCUAAUCGGAAACGUGCCGCUGGUUGGAGCCAUCACAAUGUUUUUCAUCCGCAGGCCUAAACUGGACAUUAACUGGACUGGACUUACUAACCUGCUGGAUAUCCCUGGACUGAAUGCCAUGUCGGACACUAUGAUAAUGGAUGCAAUAGCCUCCCGCCUGGUUCUCCCCAACCGUCUCACUGUUCCCCUGGUGGCCAACAUGAAGGUUGCGGAGCUCCGCUCCCCUCUCCCAAGGGGAGUUGUACGUAUCCAUCUGUUGGAGGCUGAGAACCUGACUGCCAAAGACACUGUCAUCAAAGGCUUAAUCGAUGGGAAGUCGGACCCGUAUGCUAUUCUGCGUGUUGGAACCCAAAUUUUCACCUCUCACCAUGUAGACAGCAACCUGAACCCCCAGUGGAGGGAGAUGUAUGAGGUGAUUGUCCAUGAAGUACCUGGUCAGGAGUUGGAAGUGGAAGUGUUUGACAAAGAUCCAGACCAGGAUGACUUCCUGGGCAGGGUCAAAGUGGAUUUUGAUAUUGUAAAGAAUGCCAGAGUUGUGGAUGAUUGGUUCAGUCUGAAAGAUGUUGCAUCUGGCAGCGUUCACCUCCGGCUGGAGUGGCUCUCCUUGCUGUCCUCUGCUGACAGAUUGAGUGAGGUGAUUCAGCAGAACCAGAACCUGACCAGCAAGACAGCGGAUCCUCCAUCUGCCGCCAUCUUAGUCAUCUAUCUUGACAAAGCACAUGAACUGCCUAUGAGAAAAGAUAACAAGGACCCAAGCCCAGUGGUGCAGAUUUCCAUUCAGGACACAACUAAAGAGAGCAAGACUUGUUACAAAACCAGCAACCCUGUUUGGGAGGGUGCCUUCACCUUCUUUAUUCAGGAUCCUCGCAAACAAGAUAUUGACAUUCAGGUUAAAGAUGAUGACCGAAUUCUGUCCCUGGGUAGUCUGACCAUCCCUCUCACUCGUGUUCUGGCCUCCCCUGACCUUAUCAUGGACCAGUGGUUCCAGCUGGAUAAUUCUGGUUCAGCCAGCCGUAUCUACAUCAAAAUUGUCCUUAGGGUUUUGUGGCUAAGUGAUAUUGCCACUCCUACAACUGUGUUGCCUCAGCCUUUAUUCCCUGAGUCCGGGAUGGGUCACGGGGGAAUCACAUCUGAACUAAACCCUAUGGGGCCUGGCGGGUUAGCUAAACCUCAGCCAGCACGACCACAGCACACCACACCAGAAUCAGAGUUUGCAACUGAGGGAGUACUGCGUAUUCAUCUGGUAGAGGCCCAAAACCUAAUAGCCAAGGACAACUUCAUGGGGGGCAUGGUUAAGGGGAAGAGUGACCCCUAUGUCAAGAUCCGUGUAGCUGGAAUCACCUUCCGCAGCCACACCAUCAAAGAGAACCUCAAUCCCAUCUGGAAUGAGCUCUAUGAGGUGAUUUUGACGCAGCUUCCUGGGCAGGAGAUCCAGUUUGAAUUGUUUGACAAGGACCUCGAUCAGGAUGACUUUCUCGGAAGGUUCAAGCUUAAUCUACGUGAUAUCACUAGCGCACAGUUCAUGGAUACGUGGUACACGCUAAAUGAUGUGAAGUCAGGCCGAGUUCACCUGGUGCUGGAGUGGCUGCCCAGAGUCUCUGACCUACAAAGGCUGGAGCCAAUCCUGCAGUACCAGUCCCAGCAGUCUUACCAGAACAAGGUUGUGCCAUCAGCAGCUUUGCUGUUUGUGUAUGUGGAGCGUGCCCAUGGCCUGCCGUUGAAAAAGAGUGGAAAGGAGCCAAAAGUCGGGGCUGAGAUUAUCCUCAAAGGUGUUUCACACAAAACCAAGAUUUGUGAACGCGCCACAUCUCCUCGAUGGGACGAAGCCUUUUAUUUUUUGGUUCGUGACCCCAGAGAUGAAACACUUAUAGUUAAGCUCUCCCACAGCUGGGGUCAGGCCCUCGGGUCCUUAACACUUCCUCUCAGGGAAGUGCUGGCUGAGACGGACUUGAUGCUUGACCGCUGGUUCAACCUGGAUGGCGCUCUGCCAGAGAGCCAGAUCCUACUGAGGGCCACACUCAAGCUCUUGGAUACUCAGCAGGCGGUGUGUCGCGGGGCCUCAGGGGAUGCAGGUAGCAGAGAUGAAGCCAUCCCCCGAUGGGAUCCUUCCCACCUAGACCUCAGACACAGAAGUGGAUUCUCCAUAGCCAGUGAUAAUGCGACCACAGCGGGCCAGGUGAAGCUCACCAUCGGCUACUCUGUAGAGGAGAGCAGGCUUUUCAUCACUGUUCACUCCUGCAGAGCCCUGGCACCCCGCUCCAAGGAUGGUGCAGACCCUUAUGUUUCCUUCGUCCUGCUGCCUGACAAGAAGGCUACCACCAAGAGGAGAACUGCCACCAAGAAGAGAGACCUCAACCCAGAAUUUAAUGAGAGGUUUGACUUUGAGUUCUCUCUCGAGGAGUCUACACAGAAGAGACUGCACUUGUCUGUGAAGAACAGUGUCUCCUUCAUAAGCAGAGAGAGGGAGCUUAUCGGCAAGCUGCAGCUGGAGUUGGACCAAAUUGACCUCAAGACUGGUGUCACACAAUGGUAUGAGUUGGUCGGGGAGACCAAUUAGACAAAUCUAUGCUUGAUCUGCGGUACUAUAUAACCAUAAGUGUUGCUUUUGUGCUCUGUGAGAUUUACAAUAUUUGUCUGUAUAUUCAGCUUAGAUAGACAUUUCCACCAUCGCUGAAGAAAAAAUGGUGGCAAACAGUAUCAGCUUCACAAAACACAUAGGCCAUCAGUAUUUAUGAGACGACACUUUACAUGUGCAUCAUCUAUGAUGUGAUCCACGAUCGCUUGAACAGAUUCUUCAGUAGAAUAUUUUGGCUGAAUAGAUAUUUGAUAAAAAUGCAGCUAUGAAGCACAGCAUACCAAGUUUAUAUAUUAAAAGCAUGAAGAAAUCCUUCAUAUUAUUUACAAAAGGGCUUAUGCUGUGGCUAAUAUGCUAUGGUGUGACAGUGUUUGGACCUUUGAAUAUUAUUUUUUACAAUCUCAAAACAUUUCCAGAUUUGACAUAGUUUACAUUAUUGCCUUAUGUAUUACAAAACUGUGCAAAAUGUAUCAGUGUUGAAUUAAAAAGUUAGGUUCCAAAGGAUUAUUGAUGAUUCAUGAUGAAUAAUGAUUACUUUUAUAAUUCCAAGUCUAACAAACCUAGAUUAGACAUUACCACUGAAAAUGGAGGUACAAUACUUUAAGCAAAGUCUAAAUCACUGUGCUUUUAUGAAGAGAUAACUUUGUAUAUACUGAAAAAACAUUGCUGGUGUUUUAACACUCAGUGCUUCUGUGUGUGUAUGCGUUAGUAGUGCUAAAGACAGCAGGUUGAUGCUGUCAGACAUGUUUUUAAUUUGUUUUUCCAAGCAAAACAUUUGUGAAAGGCAAGCAAAUACACAGCACAGCUUCUAUGUACUACCAUGUCACCUUACCACAAAGGCUUGGAUUACUGAGUUGUGGUAAUGGAAAGAAAAUAGUGUUUUAAGUGCCACAAUAGAAGAAGAAAACUGCUGUACUUUGACAUAAUUUGAACAUAUUAUGAUGUAGAUGCUGAAGCUUGUGAUUAAAGUUUGCACUCCUAUGA